AUGGUUUCCUCAACUCGUCUUGAGAAUUAUGCCGUUUCAGAUGAUGGUGAAGAAGGGCCAAAAGAUCGUGGAAAUGUUGUGUUUUGUUUGGUGAUGAUUGUUGGUUUUGGUGUUUUAAUGCCGUGGAAUAUGUUCAUCACAAUUGCACCGGAUGUGGGUUUACAUAUUCCAGAUUUGAAAACAACAAAAAUUGAUUUUUUGCAGUACUUUGAAAAAUAUUGGUUCAAACAAAAUGAUACAGCUACCUGGUAUUCCAAUGAAUUUAUGAGCGCUUUGGCGAUUGCUUCACAAUUACCCAACGCUUUGAUCAAUAUUAUUAAUUUGUUUUUGAUCAUUGGAGGACCAUUGAUUUAUCGAGUUUUGGCGCCAGUUUUGUUCAAUCUUAUUAAUGUAUCUGCAGUUCUUGCUUUGGUGAUUUUUGUCAACCCGACACCAGAAGGUGAGUAGAACGCUGAAUUCCCUUCCUCAAAUCAUUUUUUCCAGGAAUGGCUUGGUUUUUCUGGACAAUGCUCGCCAUCAUUAUGUCAAUCAAUUUCAGCAAUGGAUUAUAUGAGAACUCAAUUUUCGGAGUCUUUGCCGAUUUUCCACAUAAAUACACCAGCGCUUUAUUGAUUGGCAAUAAUGUUUGUGGACUUUUAAUCACCAUUUUAACAUUAGCAAUUACUUUGAGUAAGUUGGGAAUUUCACACCUGCAUACAAAACAAAAAUGGUUUUUUUUCCAGUCGCUAACAAUGUGCCUCAACUUACCGCAAUUAUUUAUUUCUCAAUCUCAUUGGCAAUUUUGGUGAUUUGUGGAUUUGCGUUGUUUCUAAUCACUAAACAAGAUUUUUAUCAUUAUCAUCAUGAAAAAGGGAUCGAAGUUCGUAAAAAAGCAGACACCCAUAAACCAUCGCUCACAAUUCUUUGGACAACUUUCAAAGGAUGUUAUGUGCAAAUAUUCAACAUUUGGUUUAGUUUUGCUGUAACUCUCACAAUGUUUCCGGCAAUGAUGUCGCAAAUCAAACCAUCUGGAAGUGGGUAUUUGGAAAAGUAUUUGUCGAAUAAUGAUAAUAUUUAUACAUUGAUUACGACUUAUUUGGUUUUCAAUUUGUUCUCGACUAUUGGAGCUAUUUUAUCGUCAAAGUUUCAGAAGGUAAGAAUUAUUAAAGAAAUCUGGAAUGUGAUAGAAAAAUAAUCAUUCCGGAAGAUAAACAUGUUCUUCAAACCUUUAAAAACCUGAACAUAUUUCAAAUUUUCCAGCCCGGUCCGAAAUAUUUGAUCUACUUUGUCAUUGCUCGCGCUUUUUUCAUUCCAUUGUUCUUCUUUUGCAAUUAUCGAUCAGAAUCUCGAGAAAUUCCAGUUUAUUUCAAGUGUAAGUUGUUUCUCCAAAAUAAAAAAAAGUUUUUUUAAAAACCACAAAAAAACUUUUUUUUUUCAGCAUCUGAUAUUUUUGUGCCAGCUGGAAUUCUUAUGUCUCUCAGCCAUGGUUAUUUGAGCAGUUUGGCGAUGGGUUAUACACCAAAGUGAGUUUUCACAAGAAAAUCAUCAAUCAAUAAGAUUUUGCAGAGCGGUUUCAUCACAUCUUUCCCGAUUUGCUGCUCAACUUUCCGCAUGCACCCUUAUGGUGGGACUUUUAACUGGCGCCAUUUUCUCGUCGCUGGUUGGGCAAAUCAUUAAACAAUAG